AUGUCUCUCUUUCGAUAUUCAUAUCCUCCCCCAAAAUCAAGGGAGGAGUUGUGGUCCAGAAUACUCGAGGACCACCCUGUCUGGGCCGGCGUGACCGGCAACGACAACCGCAAUCAACUCGCGCAGGGCUGCUACCUAUUCAUGUGCCGCGAGGAGGUUGAUCCCGCCGUCUUGGAGAGGGACGACACCAACAGGGAGACCAGGCAGUUGGCCUGGAAGUUCAUGGUCAGCAGCGGCGGCACGGCCUACUUCACCGGCACCAGAUACCCGUGGGACCAGCUCGACAACCGGGAAGUCAUACUGCACUGUGUCGAGCUCGUCAUGGCGUUCAUCUGUGGUUGCGCGACCGAAACCACGGGCACCCUCGCUAGCAUUCAGAUCCCUCCAGUGAGUGCCCGACAUGCCCGACAGGCGGGGACCCAGCGUCCAGAUCGUCUUCACGACGCUUUCUUCCCCCCUGACCCGACCAUGGUUGAUAGUGCAUGUCCGUCCCCCGAGGCCUUGCAUCCCCUCCUCCUCAACCACAUUGCAAUGCACCUCGCGAGAGAGAGAGAGAGAGAUAAUAAGUCCGUCUUCACCGCUACAGUUCUCGACCAAUACACAACGCCCUCGAUACAGCGCCAGGACCUAGCUCUCGAGAACCUCGAGCAGCCGGAGAAAGUCGUCAAGGACGUUGACCCGGAGUACAAGCGAUUCUCCGCCCAAAAUGACGCGGCCAUAGCACAGGCGAGGCUUCGCGCAGGUUUCAGUAACUUGAAUCUGGGGGAUAGGCCUGUUUCGGAGCGUGUGCUCUAUGGACAAUUCGACGUGUAG